GUAAACAAAAUUUGAUGCUACACGCUAAUUGGGUUCGAAGCAUUGGCCUUCCCCUCUUGGGAUGUAAGAUUCAAGUACCUAAUCGCACAUCAUUUUGUGCUUCCAAACCCUACUGAACGUUGGCUUGGCAAGAUGUCGAGGCAUUUGAAGAAGGUGUACGAUGCGGCUUUUCGGAAGCGGAAGAGAGAGCAGAGAGAGGAGGAGAGGCAGCUGGCGGAUGAGCCUGCCGCGGUGCCAGUGGACAACGCUGAGCGCAGGGGGCGAAAGCGAGCUGCUGAAGGAGGUGGAGAGCACGGGGAGGAUGAUUCUGGUGCUGGACCGUCGGUGUCUAACAUCGGAAAGCGGAGGAGGCAGGGACGAGAGGGAGGCAACCCGGGCGGGUCAAAUGCGUCCGGCAGCACAUCUGCCGAACGUAUGAGACGGCUCCGGGAGAGGAGGAAGCGGACUGGACAAAAUACGUUCGGUCGGAGCGACCAAGGAGGCGAGACCACGGAUGAUUGUUUCGUUGCUGGAAGGCGACGGCGUGGUGGACGGGGACUCGCAGACAAUUUGGUAGCGGAAAAUCCCGUGCACGGGAUUUCUCCGCCCAUGGAGGCAGACGCAAUAAGCCUCCAUGAUCCGGUGGUGCAGAUUGAUGAAGAAGGUGAGACGUUAAACACAUUGUGUUAUUGUGAAAAAUUUACUAAACACGCAAAAUAACUUUUUAGAAAUGCCAUCA